AUUGAACUGUUAUAUAAUUUCAACAGUCUAAAUAUGUAACUCUCUCAGAUGAUUUAUACCGUCAUUAAAUCUGUGUUAAUCAUUUCUAUUUAAAUAUAUAUAUACAGACUGGGAUUCCACUGACUUAUGGUAAUAACCUACAAUUUCAGAAAAUAUAAGUCGAAAGUAGGCUAGACGCGUAAUACAAAGGCUUGCACAAGCAGAUAAACACUCGACUGUGUAAAAGUUUUUAAUAUUUAAGUGAUACAGGCGCAAUUAAUUUGCACAUUGUUACACUAAAGGAAGAACCUGCCAACAUGGAGGGAUUAGAGCGCGUGUGGAUCUAUACACAGCUGUUUUUUAUUUGGAUGGUGUAUCCCUGUGUCGUGCAUGGGAGCUAUGAUCUACAAGGUUUGACGUUAGAAGUUUUGAUGGCGGCAUCUACACAUUUGGUUUUAAAUGGUAAGGAGGGCGUUGCCGAUAGAUCACGGCGAAAUGCGGAAAUCACGGCACUGAUGGACGAACGGUGUAAAGAUUUCAGUGAACGUACCGAUUACUGUGCGGAGCUUCUAGAACAUCUGACUGACACAUUGUCCACGGAUAAGUCCUUCAAUUCGGCAGAUUUCAGAGAGGGGGGAACACGACCAGACCCCGAACAAAAAUGGUUGUGUAUGGAUUAUAAUCCAUUGAAGUUUACAUUUUACAACGUUGCCACCCAGCUAUGCUGUAACGGGCUACAUAAUAAGACCACUGGAAGAGAAGAAUGCUGCCAUGGCCGUGUGAUCGACUCACAAGACAACUUCUGCUGUAAUCGGGAAGUGUUUCCUGGCAACAGUUCAGAAGGAGUGCAGGGAUGCUGUGGAAACUUCAACUACUAUGUAGAUAAGGAACUAUGUUGUCUUGACAAGUUGCACACCAAAACAAACGAACUGACAAAGUGUUGCGGAGAGAAUGCCUACCAGGAGAACACACACCUUUGUUGUGAUCGGGUCGUGCGUGAACAAGUCAACGGAGGGGGUGAAGAGUUGGUUAAAUGCUGCGGAAAUUUGACACACAACCCCAAUGUAACCGAAUGCCUGGAUGGACGCAUUAUAUCUCUUACAAACGAAUCACAUACAAGCACAUCAAGCCGCCCCUUUUACAUUCCGACUUCUACGAAUGACGAUAAUCCAGAAUCAGUUGCACCUAAACAAAUAUAUGUAAUUGUGGUUGGUUUACUUGGAGGGUCAUCAUUUAUCUCUGUUUUGGUCGUUCUUUGCAAACUACGAUUGCGAAUUAAAAAACGAAGCAACAAAGGUAUGGGUGUGAAUGUCAACAAUUUAGAUCAACAAACACUUCGUUAUCCAACCACUCCCAACCCUUACACUGAUGCAUUUUCUACGUUUAUUCAAAGCAGCAGUUAUAGUAGUCAUAAUUUAGAUCGACCAUUAAACGUCGCCGAAAUACGUUCUGAGAAUGAUUCCGACUACAAAACAACAUUGAUUUCAUUCGACUUGUUGGAGAAACACACACUUAAUAACAAAGGCAAUCUGUUGACGGAUCAUUACAUGGACUCUAGUACCCAGACAGAGGUUGGAUCGGAGACAAACAGACGCACGAUCUUCGGCAAACGCUUCGAGCAUCGUUUUCUAGUUGAUCAAAGCCGCGCGACCGUUGAAAUGCCAGACUCGAAUGUGCGCAUGACUCUACCUGUAAAGGAACUUAUUUCUCACCCAAUAGAAGUAUUCUGCAGCAGCUUCGACAACAUAGCAGCGAUCCGCAAGAAAUUGGGCGUGUCCGAAAACUUGGAUAUCGCUUCUCCGACAGUGGAAUACGCGCUUACAGGAAACCCCGCCCUUUGUGAUGUUGCCGUUAUCGUUUUACCGUUUGUCGGUUCGGAAGAAUCGCUUAAGGUUUGGAAGUUUAAAUCCGACGAAGGAAUUCGGCAAGUUCCGGAAACGGUUGAGGUCCCGAAGAAAGGAAAACAAAAUGAACAGCUAGACUUGUUCUAUAUCGUGCAAGAUCGUCAUGUAUUCAUCUACACAAGAUCGUUUUCCGGCUUCUACUGCACAGUAGAUCGACACCGUGAAAUCCGACUGCGAGCCUUCCUAUUUGGUUCUUACAAGCGGAUCAUGCCAAACGACAACUCCCAGCCCCGUAUGGAGGUCCGCAUUGCCCUCUAUAUUGCUGAUGAAAUCCUGAAGUAUGAUGAUUACAAAAAGCGCUUGUUGGGAAUGGAAGAUAUCGAGGGACGCAUCCUGAAGAAGGAGAUACGACUGGAGGCACCAGAGACCUCGCGCGACCGCCCACUGGAGCAUGACGAUGCUGUGGAGGCAUGCCUCGACUCCACCGACACCGACCCAGUAUGGAUCCCAGCCACCAUGCCAAAUUCCACCGAGCCGAUAUUUCCUCGGCUUAAGACAAUCAAGCUAUCUGAGAUCGUACAGAAGUGUCCUGAUUGUCCGUUUUCGCAUUUUACGUUCGAGGACUUGGAGAUGCCUACCGGAAAAGAGUGGUAUCUACGCGCGCGGCCGGGCACACUUCCGGGAUUUAAUUACUCGGGUGUUGUGUCCAUCGCGCUGUGCAGCAAGAGCGGGGGACGGGCUGUGAAAAAGGUGGUCAUUGACGAGCUUGGGCUGAGACAGGAGGAUCGAUAUCCUGUGCAGGCGGAGAUUUAUGUGCGAAGUGUCCACGGCAUUAAGGAGUAUCUUGCCGGUCACCCUGGUGAGGACGUACAGAAAGUUCUUCGACAUAUCGGGGAAAGGUACAAAGUAGACAGUAGCUCGGUGCCGGAUACAUUUGCACAGCUGUGGGUGCGCCUGAUGCCAGUCGCUAUCAUUGAGGCCGUCGUGGAAGCACUGCGCGCUACAGGACAAUUCGGCGUUAUAGACGCCCUUCAAAAAGUGGGUUAUAUACCGGGAUCUCUUAUGUAUACACCAACACAAGCCGUUGACACUACGAAUCCAGCGCCAAUGGCUGCACGGUUUGUUGUACCAGAAUGUGGUCCCAGUAUGUUAGAAAACCAAGUAACUUUCACUGCGUCCCAAUAUCGCUGUGUCUCUGGUGGAUGUGAAAAUGAAGCUCGCAGUGAGGUAGAAACGCUGCCACUUUUGGCUGCCCCUGUGCGAGAAAGUGAAACAGGUGACACUCAAGCACUUAGACGGGAGAUUAAUUUUUCCCCGGUCUGUUCUUAUGACAUCGAAAAUGAGAAAGAACCAUUGGUACAAAAUACUUGUGAUAUAGUCCAUGGGGAACUUGAAACUUCUAUCUCUGCAGAAAUUACAUCAGAAUCUCAUCCACCUUGUCCGGGUACUUCCGGGAGGCAAGGUCAUGGUCGUAUGCUGGAAAACACGCACCCUAAAGAACUGAGCAUUAUUGCGGAGGAAACGGAACCACCAGAAAGUUUUCGACAGUCAGAGAACGAUCUGAGUGAUGAUGGGAAUUAGAAGUAACAUUAGCACGAUAAGGUGUUGUUUUUUUAAUAGUGUUUGAGGCUUUGAUGCUUUGUGAAUAAUGUUUUGUGGUUUUGUGUGGUGGUAGAAUAUUAUGGGAUCACAUAGUGUAGAAGCCGAAAUGAUGCAUUUAGUGAGGAUUUACUUACGUAUACAUGAACUAUAUAUAUCCGUGUACUACUGACAUUAGCUGACUUUAUUUGGACAAUUAUUUGAGCCGUCGGUAUGUUUUAUUGCAUGAGAUUAAUAUAUAUGUCUAUUUAAGUGAGUUAUAAUUCGAUAUUGAAGGAGUAUGAACAUUAUCUCAAUAUUGUUUGUUAUGGCUUUUAUAAUACCUUUAUGGUUCAUGACGCUGGUUUUGUUAUGUUUAUACUAUGCUUUCCGGUGAUUUAUAAAAUAAAUAAAAUUCAGUAAUGAUGGAAAAAAA